AUGAAUGAUAUUGAUAUGCAAGGAAAUAAGGUGAGGAAUUAUGCAGAAAUGGAAGGUUUGUCCAUAAAAAAAAAAAAAAAAAUGAAAACUUCCAAAAUUUUGAAAAAAAAAAAAAAUGACAAAAAAAUAAUAAAGGGAAAAAAUAAAGAAAAUAAAACUGCUGAUAAAAAAACAAUAAAAAAAAAAAAGGGGAAAAAAAAAAAUAUGGACAAUAAAGAAAUAAAUAUUUCAGAAGAAGAAAAUAGUACCAUUGAUAACCCUCAGUAUUUUAGUGAUACUUAUUCGAGUAAUUCUAAUUCGAAUUUUAUUUAUGAAAAAAAAAAAAAUAAAAAAAAAAUAACAUAUGAUAAUGAAGAAAAUAAAUAUUCAUCCACAAAAUUUAUAAAUUUUUUAAAGGAUUAUAAUGAAAAUGAUGGGAAAAAUAAUAAAAAAAAUAUGAAUAAUGUAGAAAGCAGAGAAUUAGGAAAUGAUGAUGAUGAUAAUAAUAGUGUAUAUAACUACCUCCCACAAAAUAAUGACAUAUAUAAAAUAAAUGGAAAUGUUGAAACUUUAGAUAUUACAGAUUUAAUUGGAUUGGAUAAUAAUAUUUUGGAAAAUAAUAUUGUUAAGGAUAUAUAUUCGUUAAAAUCUGAUAAAAAAAGUAAAAAUCGACAUAUAUCUGUUUUAGAAGAACAAAGAAUAAAUUCUCAAAUGACAUAUAUAAAAAAUGUGCAAGAUUUAAAUAAAAUAAACAAAUCAUAUAAUAUUUUACAAAAUUCAUGGAGAAUAAUGUUUGGACAAAAUAAAGAUGAAAAUAUAACUUCAGAGGAAUAUAUUAACAAAAAUUUACUUAAAAGACAUAAUAAUUUAAGUACUAAAAAUAUACCCGAUAAUGAUAUGAAUGUGAUAGACAAUAAAAAUGUUGCCGAAAGUGUUGACGAAAAGAAUAAUGUGUUUGAUUUUGAAGAAGAAAUGAAAAAAAAUUUAGAAAAAUCUAAAAUGCUUAUUGUUUCAGAUGAUAUAUUAAAAAGUGAAAAAGAAAAAAAAAGAGAGCAAUCUAAAAAAAUAGCACAAUUAAAAUCUUUAUUAGCUAUGGAACGAAAAAAACACGCAUUAAGAAAACAUAUUAAAUCAAAAUCAUAUAGAAAAUAUUUAAGAAUUAAAGAAAAAAAAGAACAUGAAAAAAUGUGGGAUAAAUUAUAUUCUGAACAUCCUGAAUUAGCAAUGAAUAUUAGCAAUUAUGAAGAUGAAUAUGCUAAAAAAAGAAAUGUAAUAAAUAAUGUAAAAAAAAAAAGAAAAAUUUUUAAUCUUCUUAAUAGAUAUAAAAAUGAAGAAUUAAAAAAGGAAAUGUUAAAAUCAUUUCAAAUGGAUAAAGAAGAAAAAAAUAUGCUUAAAAAAAUAGUACAAAAAACAGCUAUUCAACAAGACAUUGGAGAAGGAUAUUCCUUUGAUAAUAUUAAUUCAAAACAUCAAGAAAUCGAAAAUACCAUAACAUCUAAUGAUAGUGAAUUUGAUGAAAAAAAUGAAGAAGAUAUUAUUGACAUCGAAAAUGAAAGAGCAAAAAAUGUUAAAAAAGAAUUGAAAAAAAGAAAUUUAUUAAGAUUUUCUUUUAUGAAAAAUGCAGAAGAAAAAAAAAAAAAUGAUAAAAUUUAUAAAAAAAGAAAACAGCUACUAGAAAAGGCAGAAAAUAAGAGAGACGAAAAUGAUUCUUUAUUAAAUUCAUCAGAUGAUGAAAAUGACCAAAAUAACCAAAGUGAUCAAAAUGAAGUUUCGCUAGUUGAAACUACUGAAAUUUCAAAGUUAAGUUCCAAGGAAGUUGAAAAAGCUAAAUUACAAUUAAAAGAAGACAUGGAUUUAGGAAAUAUGUUACGAAAAAAUGCUGUUUUAAAUACGAAUAAUAUUAUAAAUCUCGAUUUUGAAUUAAACGAAACUGAGAUUGAGGAACCAGAUGUUAAGGAUGUAGAAAAUAAUAACACAGAAGAAAAAAAAGAGGAAAAAACAAAUAAUGAAAAGGAUAAGAUAAAAGAAAAAAAAAUCAAUGAUCUCGUAGAUAUCGAUAAAAUAAACGAUGAAGACAUUUUGAAACAAUAUGGAGAAAAAAUAACUGUAUAUAAUUUUGAAAAUAAUAUUUAUGAAAAUUAUAUAAAUAUAAAUGAUACUAUUAAUAAUAGAGAAAAUGAAGAAUUAUUCGAAUUAAGUGACAGUGAAAAAAUAACAGGAGAAGAAUUAAACGUAAAUGAAUGGUGUAAUUAUAAUACAUUGAUAGAAAGAGAGCAAAAUAUAAUUAAAAAAGAAAAAGAAAUUAUUGAAAAAAAAAAAAAUAUGCCAUUGCAUACUAUAAAUGUUCUUAAUAAAAAAGAUAAAAAAUUUGAUGUAUAUUAUGUGGAUAAAAUACCAUAUCCAUAUGAAAAAAAUGAAUAUGAAAAAUCAUUAAAUAUAAAUAUAAAUAAAGAGGUUAAUGAUAUUUCUGCAUUUAACAAAUUAAUAGCACCACAAAUGACAAAUAAAAUUGGAAAUAUUAUUUCUCCAUUAGUUCAUAAUCCAUUUGAAAUUGCAAAUAUAUUAACUCUAAGGAAAAAAAAAAAUAAGGCAAAAUUGUGA